CGUCAGAGGUUGUGAGCAAUGCAGCUGGGGAGGCGGAGGAGGAUGAAACGUUGCUGAUGCUGAUGCGAGAGCUUUCGCGGUCAACACCGAUGCACUCUCUUCAACAUAACGGACUUGCUUUCUUUACCCCAUAUUCGUCCUAUUCUAGUAAGUUGUUUUUGAUUUAGAACCGAAGACGCGAAGAAGGAAGAUUCUACCAAAACGGGGACACCGGGAUUUUGAGGAGGAAAGAGCCCGUCACUCACUGACUCGUUUUGGCCUGUCUUGGCUGUGACACAGGUGGAUUUGACGCUGGGGGGGAAAUAGGCGACGAUAUGGCACAAUGACGGAAUUGGACCCAAACGGUUACGUUUUUGUUAUCACUUACCUGUGUGAACUAAAGCAAUGCUAUGGUUUGUUUUUAAACAAGACCUGAAAACCGGGACCGUUUAUACGUUAGCUAGCUAGUGGGCUAAUUUUGCUUGCUAGUCACUUAGCAGCCCCCACCAGACAGUGGUGGCUGAGGUGGGGGGAGAUGCUCGAAGGUGGAGUUAGCGCUAGUUGCUAUCUGAAAUUCAGUCUAAAAAACGCUGUUUGGUCAGUUAAAGGUGGGGAUUUCUGCCUCCAAGCAGGACACGGGUUGAGGGUGAGAUACCGCUAAUAGCUCGUCAAUGAGUGAAUGACCAGAUUAGAUAAUCGGCUAAAAUGAUCCAAUGUUGACAAACAUUGCUAACUCUCGUGGAAGCGAAUGAUACUGAUAUUCAAUGUGAUAAAGUUUAUGAUAUUUUCAGCUAAAUCUGCUGUAUCAGGAAGGCAAAUAGUGAACACGAGCUGAUAAAUGUAACCUGCCGUAAAUUAAGCUAACAGGACCGCGUUGUUCUAAAGAUUACGAUGUGAAUCGCCAUCAAACAAACAGCUGUGUCGUUAUUUAGUUUCUGUCCUUGACUUUACAAUAUCUGCUAAAUUCUGCUAGUUGCUUAAAUUGGCGUUGUAUAUUGUGAAAUUAUGGAUUAAACCGUUAUUAUGUCAGCUUUUUAGUCGGCACGCGCGUAGACAUGGCAUCAUCAUCGCUGAAGAAGAACUGGAUAAGAAAAACAGCAGUCAGAUAAAAAAAAAAAAAUAUAUAAAUGUACCCCCCCUCCCCCAACCUAUAAGGGGGAUUAGCCAGGAUAAAUGGAAGCCACAGUCCUGUCUGGCCCUUUGGGGCACACACAGUGGGAGUCAGAGCAGCCUUUUCCUCUGGGAUUUCCAAUACUAGACUCGGACAAUGGAGCUGUGCUCUGUCAAAACAAAAGCGACCAGACCGGUUUGGAUUUCAGGAAAAGUGAUCAGAAUGAGACUGUGCUCCUCAAUGGAGAGGAAAAAAGGUUUGUGGAUAAACCUGUAGAGCUGGGAAACCUUAUAAAUGGUGCCACUUUUUCCUCUGAGGAUUUAAAGUUUGAUGGAGGACACUUGACUUAUUCGGACUCGUCUCACCGCUCUGCUCGCUUCAAUGAGCUGUCCUGCCGAGAAGCCGGUGAGGGGUUUGGGGAAAUCGCUGACUACACUUUGUCGUGGUUCUUGUCUCCUGACUUUGCUGAUGUGAUCGGGAAAACAUCGGCCUGUCAGGAGUCAACUUUUACGCAGGACCCCACUGUCGAGGGCUCAGAUGGUGAACCGGCUGAGCUAGCAAGCCUCAGUGCACCGUUUUCUCCUUUUGAAGCUUCCAAUUGCGACAGAGAGAUCAACACAACCGAUCCAUUUUUGAUAGUGGAUCUCCUCUCAGAUGAAAACCCUUGUCUUACCCAAAAGCUGUCGCAUGAGUUGAUCCCACAGGGUUUUGGUGAGAAACUUAUAGACUUGUCCUUUGAGGAGCAGGAAGAUCUCCCUCCCUCACUGACAGGGGAAAUGGUGUCACCUGACACACGUCACAAAGGUUUAUUCCCUGAUCAAGUGACAGAUCUGCCCAUAAGCAGCAGCAGCCCUGCUGCACAAGGUUUACUUGAAAGUAACCAGCUCCUUAACAACAUCAGCCAAUCCCAGGAGGGUUUUGAAGGAUCUGUGCCUUUGCUGGAUUUAAAAGUUCCACAUUUUGAGAGUGACGUCAGCCUCUGCCCUCCUGCUGUUGCCUGCACAGGUGCUCUAGAAACACCUACAAAGGAAUCAGAAGUGGCACAAACUAUUGCAGUUAAAAUCCUUCCAGAACAACAAGGUGAGAAUGACAUACUUAAUCUGGAUCUGUCAGACAGCUCAUCUUUCCUAACACGACCUCCAGCUGAAGAUGCCUCCACUCAUGGGAAUCUCACGAGUGAGAGGAUUUUUGUGGAGAACCUUCCUAAGGCUGUGAUGGAAGUCAAAGAAGAACAUGCGGGUGAAGAUACGACAGAAUUGUAUCUGAGCUGGACUGUUGAGGAGGCUCACAAGGAUGACUCUUGGGAUUUGGAACCCCAGGAUAUUGUUCACAACCGAGCUUCAAUCAGUCCAAAAACUGAGCAGAAUGAGGACGAGACGCUGAAAGACAACAACCAACUUGAAAAUGCACAUUCUCACAACGAGGUUUCUUUAGACUUUUUGGCUCAGAACACAAAGAUUUCUUCCUCUGAAGCCGAAUGGACUAGUGGGCCGCCUGUGGUGACAGUUUCCCUCUCUAAGAUGGUGGAAGAUGACUCACUGCCAAUGGUCUCAUCUGUGAACAAGAGAGAAGAAGAUGCUUCUCCACUUAAAGACGUCUUUGAUGCUUUGGAUCAAGAUGGAGACGGCUUCGUUCGAAUUGAGGAGUUUAUGGAGUUCGCGGCUGCCUAUGGGGCUGAUCAGGUCAAGGAUCUGACCAAGUUUUUGGAUCCUAGCGGUCUCGGUGUGAUCAGUUUUGAAGACUUUCACCGUGGAAUCUCUGCCAUUAGUGGAAGCCCAGAAACCCAGCUCUACAGUGUAAACUACAGUCCAGGGGAUGGAGCUGUUGGCUGUCAGGAGGAGUACGAUGAGCAGAAUGAGGUAACAGACAGCGCAUACCUGGGCUCCGAGAGCACGUACAGUGAGUGUGAGACCUUCACUGAUGAGGACACGGGAGCCCUUGUACCCCCCGAGAUGCACGAGGAUGUGGAGACGGAUAGCGGGAUUGAGGCCACUCUACAUGAUCCUGAAGAUGGAGGAAAUGGGUUUUCCAUGAACUCUGACCUCCACAAUACCUCUCUGGUAACGGUCAUUGGUGGGGAGGAGGAGCACUUUGAGGACUUUGGGGAGAGUAAUAAUUCGGAGCUGCCGGAAAGCAACGAGGAAGACUCCGUGGUGCAUUUGGACUCCCCUCUGUCAGAGCCCCCUGUCCAGGUCGAUGGAUCAUCCGUCCUCUCUCCCAGUGCACCUGCUUCUCUCCCUGACUGCUUCCAGAGCUUCCUCAGGGAGGAGGCACUGGAUUUUUUCUGUAGCCAGUGUCACAAACAAAUAAGUCGUCUCGAGGACCUCUCCACCCGUCUCAAUUUCCUAGAGAUGACUAGUUCGGGUAAGAGGCUGUCCAGCAAGAAAGUGGCGCGGCACCUCCUUCAGAACAGCUCCAUGACUCUAGAUACCAUGAGUGACUUGACACGGGACAUCCUGGAACUUGCUGACAACGACAUCACAGACAAGGUGCUCCUCCUGGAGCGUCGGGUGGCGGAGCUGGAAAAAGAGUCCGACGCGUCGGGGGAGCAGCACACUCGGCUGCGCCAGGAGAACCUCCAGCUGGUGCAUCGCGCCAACGCGCUGGAGGAGCAACUGAAGGAGCAGGAGGUCUACGCUGAGGAGCAGCUGCAGCAGGAGAAUCGGCGCCACAAGGAGGCAAUAAGCAAGCUGGAAAGAGAAAAGGGGCUCGAGCUCGAAAACCUGCAGGCCAGGCUGCAGCAGCUGGAUGAAGAGAACAGUGAGCUGAGGUCGUGUGUUCCUUGUCUCCGAGCAAACAUAGAGAGAUUAGAGGAGGAGAAGAGAAAACUUCACGACGAAGCUGAGGUUAUGUCACAGAGACUGGAGGAGGAGACGGAGGCUCGCAGGAAGAUGGCUGACAAGCUCAGUCACGAGCGCCACCAAAACCAGAAAGAGAAGGAGAGCACUCAAGAACUUAUUGAAGACCUGCGUAAACAGCUGGAGCACCUGCAGCUUUACAAGCUGGAGGCUGAAGCAAAGAGGGGCCGAACCCCGGGGGCAGGGCUGCAGGAGUAUCAGACGCGCACACGUGAAGCCGAGCUGGAGCAGGAGAUCAAACGGCUCAAACAGGACAACCGCACCCUGAAGGAGCAAAAUGACGAGUUGAACGGACAGAUUAUCAACUUGAGCAUCCAGGGAGCCAAAAACUUAAUGUCGGCUUCAUUUUCGGACUCUCUGGCAGCGGAGAUUAACUCCGUCUCUCGCGUGGAGCUGAUGGAAACCGUUCACAAACAAGAAGAGAUCAACUACAGACUGCAGGACUACAUUGACAAAAUCAUCGUUGCCAUCAUGGAGUGCAACCCUUCCAUCCUGGAGGUCAAAUAAAUGAUAUGCAGCCAAAGGGCCCUUUGCAAUGAUUCCAUUGGCUGUUCAGAGCAUAUCCUGGGGACACGGCAAGAAGAAACAAGAGGAUGUAGAAACAAUCACACAUCCGCAUCACUGAAGAGACUAAAUGCAGUAAUCGCACCCAUCUCCUGUCUAAAAUGAAGAUUUAUAGAUUUCUAAGAAGUGCGUGUCUGUUGGGAAGAAAUAAGCUUUAUUUUUCUGUGUAUUUGUACGUUUGCCCUCCUUAAAGCACUUUGGUUCUGGUGACUUCCGUUCGUUUUGGCUCGAGGGACCAGAGUCUCCCCUAUUGAGCGAGUGUGUUGGUGGUUAAUAUUAUUUGGCCCAUUUAUUAUUUUUUUCCAAAAACGGUGUAAAAAUGGAUCAACUCGGUACACAGAGGACGCAGUUCUGUCUACACUGGGAUUUAAAUGGUCUUUAUGACGGGUCAAACCGGCCCCCACUCUACUUUAAUUUCAAGCCGUAUGAAGCUGAUCCGAAGCUGAGAGCGGUUUGUCGUGAAUACGUUGAAAGCGUGCCGUGCUGCUAACCAGGCUCUGCCUGUGUUCUAACCUUUGAACCCACUUAAACUGUCAUUCCAGUAAACGCAAUGAGGGACAUUUCUGCUGGCCUUGUGAAUGUGUGUGGUGUUUGACAUUCCCCUCUUUGCACUCUUAUUGUUUUGAGCAAGCUUUAGAAGUGGGGAAAGAAUGACACCGGCGUUCUUGGAAGGUUACAAAUGAAGGAGGCGUUUCUUUACGACAUUUUGUUAUGCUUUUUGGGUAAUUUUUACAAUGAAACAGGGUCCUGGAGCUCAGGUGAGCUGGAAAUGCACUACAUUUCCGGUGAGUCUCAUUAGACUGGGUAAUGUCUGACAGAAAAUGAACCCGCUAACAUCGACUCGCUCCUUAACUCUCCAGACACUUGCAUUAAACUUGAAGGGAAACUGACAUGAGUGAUCCUGGAAGUUGUAGUUUUAUUUUUGUAAGUACAGCUCACCUGUUGCCAGUGUUCUCUUGCUGAGUGAAAAGGGAACCUUUUGUUUUUGUUUUUCAAGCAAACUUGGAAAAAUAUCAAGUCUGAAAAUAUUUGAGGACUUGCGUGUAACGAAUCAGAUGUUUGUAUUUUGCACUAUAUUUCGAUUGAACUGAUUCUGUUGGCUUAAAAAAUGUAUAGAAUCAAAGAUCAUUUAUUGCUGGCUGUAUCACUACGUCGAAGAACCUAAAAUGGACAGUAGAUUCCUUUUAAAGAAAUACUAAAGUUAAGGUAACCUGCUGUUAUGUUUGGAAAAUAUUUAGUUCCUAUGUUCAUGUUUUAUUUUUUUAAACCAGUUAAAGGAAUGGAUGAACUGGUAGCAAUAAAGCCGGACAAGAAGGACAUUCAUGGAGAGAGAUGAAACAAAAAUCUGUGAACUGUUUCUGUUUUUCUUGGACUUAUCGGUACUGUACAGAAAUUUCCUUUGGAUGUUCACCUGGAUAUUGGACGUAUUUUUUUUUGGAACUUCUUGGAUGUUUCAGUCAAAGUCGGGGAGUUUAUUUCCAGAAAAGCAUGGCAUUCUGCACCCAUGUGCUACAUCUAAUUUUUCCACCUCUAUUUCACUGUUCUUCUUCACCUGCCACUCCAUGGAAAAAUGGCCUUGGAUGUAAAUGACUUGUACAUGUGAACUUUUUCUACACACAUUCUAGAUUCUAGGUAUUUUUAUAGGGAGAAAAGAGGAUUUCUUUUUCUUACGCAGACACGUCUGCCUGUAUUCUUCACUAGCAUGUAGCGUGUACAGGACCAGCCAGGGUUUGGCUAUCAUUUGGAAUCAUAGAUAUUUAUUAGGCAAGUCUCACACUCUGAUUUUGUUGUGCUGGAGAUUUGUUUGUCCAACUUUUGAAGUCACAAAGGGAGAUUUAUCAACACCUGUCAUAUCGGAACGAGGAAUCUAUUUAAAGGGGGAUGAUAUGGUCUGUGGGUGAGUUGCCGGUGUGAAUAAAACAAACAAACAUUGAAUGUCACAGGCAGAAUUGUCAUUUGCUGAAGUCAGUACUCUCCUCAUAAUGCUGAUGUUGCUGUAACCUCCAAGGUUAUGGUUCAGAUUUGGCAGAAUCUGCAGUUUCUACUGUUGUCUUCCUGGAUUUUAGUCGGACACGUUUCUUAGUGCACUUCUUUGGUUGUUGGAAGUCCGUUUUAACUGACAAAUGAACGAGAUGUGCGAACUCAUAAUGUCAAUGUGACACCUUUAAACCUCAUGCUAGGGUUGCUUAGUUCAGCUUUCUUGUAGGACAAGAGGCUUUCUCUGCAGAUUUAUUCCUUAUGUCUGUGUCAUGACUAUAGAUACGGAAAAUGUCCUUACAGCCUAACUUUUGUUUCUAUAUUUUUGAUUCAAUUGAUGACAAAUAAGGCCUGCAACAUGAUAUUUGACAGUUAAACCUUUCAGCGAACAAAAUAUUGGAGAUUUGAAGAUGAUGCCCUUUCUCCAUAUGAGAAUCCUAUAUUCAAAUGACCACAAAUAGACGGUUGAAAUUAGUGGGAAUAUCACCAAAGAUUACAAUUUUGGCUAAAAAACAGCAUAAUCAUUAUUAAAAGACUACUGAGAACACUUUUAAGAAACCCUUUAAGUACAUCUUUUUGGUUAUUAUAAGCAGCACACUUUAAGCUUCCAGUGAUGGAAAACGUAGAAAACUGGCCUGAUAGUCGAAACACUGUGCCUCUGUGUCUCAAACUUUGCCUCUGAACUUUCCUGAGAACGGACCUUGGAUAACGCUCUGACUCUCGGUUUGUUAAAUUAUAACUAAGAAAGCUGAACUGUAACUAUGUAUUCUGGACUUUAAUUUUAUUUAUUUUUCCCUGUCACUAACUUCCAGUGUCCAAAGAAAGAUUGCUCAAGGCACAAACAUCACUACUGGAGUAGUGCGUGGCUUGCCAUUAAUUAACCUGGAGGGAAAGAGGAAAAUAAUGAAAAGGAAAAAAAAUCCUAUUUUCAGAGAAAUGUAUAAGUUAUAUCAGUAUUGGGUACGGCUGUAUAUUAUUUUUAAAGCUUCACAAAAUGGUCUUAAUUAUUACUGGGGAAAUAUGUCAUUGUAAAAAAGAAAAAGUAAGCAGUCAAAUAAAGAGUAUAAAAUAAAUUGUC